AUGGUUAACAUUAAUACUAUUCAAUCAGGCACUGUAUUUGCAUGGUUUAUGCUAUUGAUGAUUAUUCGACGUAUUGUAUUGCUGAUUAUUGUUAGCAUUGUGGAAUACAACAGAUCUUUUCCACCAAGUUUUCGAGUUCGUGAAGACAAAAUACUGAGAAAAGUUCGAAUAGAAACAUCAAUAACAAGACCUAUCCAUAUCGAGGUUACUAAACAUGUGCGUGUUAACAAAAUUAUUGGUAAUAAUUUAGAAAAUGAUGUACAUUUUAUAAUUCUUCUAUUCGCAACAGCUAUUUUCUCAGAUAGUAUAAAUGACAAAUGUACAAAAACAAUUAUUUAUGGUGUUAUUUAUUUAUUUUUUCGUAUAUUUUAUGCUAUAGCAUAUAUUAUAGCAUUACGACCAUGGAGAACUUUGGUAAAGAUUGCUAUACAAUCGUUUCGAACGGGAUAUCCAUUUCAAACACAAACUACCGUCUCGGAUGUAGAAAAUGAUGAAAUAAUUACUGAUGAUCAGGAAAGAAAAGACAAAAAUGAAGAAGAUGUUACUAUUGUUUUGUUAAAUAAUGACUUGGAAAAUAAGAAAACACAAUCAUUUAUUACGUCUCUUCGAUCAAUAAAUGAUUAUAUUCAAGUCUUUCACACUGAAGAUAAAGCUUUGGCAUAUAUUGAAUCAGUCGUUGAAGAAAAAAUCUUGUUAAUUGUUGAUUGUCUUUCUGAUAAUCUUCUUAAUGUUAUCGAAGCAUUAAAACAAGUUGAUGGUCUUUUUCUUUAUACAUCUGUAUUACCUGAUAAACUUCCAUCAUGUAUUACAGCUAUUUGUUCUAAUGAACAACAACUUUUUGAUGAAAUAAAAAAUAUUCGUCAACAAAUCAGUAAACAAAUGACUGUCUUUUCUAUUUACAAUCAAACAAAAACGGAAAAAAUUGAUAUACAACAUGAAGUUGGUACUUUUCUCUUUUUUGAAAUUUUUAAAACUGCUUUAAAAAAAUUACCGAAAAAAUCCGAAUCUAAAAAUUUAAUGGUUUCAAAAUAUCGUAAUUAUUAUGCAGGUAAUAGAAAAGUUUUAGAAGAAAUACUUGAUUUUGAACAUAAUUAUAAAACACAUGAAGCACUUCAAUGGUAUGUAAAUCGUUCAUUUAUUUAUCGAUUAAUUAAUAAAGCUCUACACACGGAAAAUAUUAAUUCUUUAUGUUAUUUUCAUUUUUACAUUAAAGAUUUAUCAAAACAAAUAGAAAAAGAAUUUAGAAAAUUUAAAAAACAAAAUUCUCAAUCUAUUAUUCAAUUGUACAGUAGUUCUAAAACAACAAAAGAAGAAAUAAAAAAAUAUCAACAUAAUAUUGGAAAUUCAAUUUUCACUCAUGGAUAUUUGUCAACAACACGUCAACGUCAUUUAGCCUAUGAUUUUGCUAUCAAACAAUAUAUACAAUCUGAUGAAGAAAAAGUUUUAUUUCAAUAUACUGUAGAUUUAGAUCAUGUUCAAUCAAUCAUUUUUGCUGAUAUUUCUCAAUAUAAUAAAUUACCAGAUGAGAACGAAAUAAUUUUUGAUUUAGGAGCUGUCUUCAAAAUUGAAUCGUGUACAUUUAAUACUAAAGAAAAUUUAUGGUUAAUGAAUGUUCAGGCAACAGAUAAAGUUUUUGAAGUUACUUCUGAAUAUCUUGAAUAUCAAACAUCUAAAAUGGCUGAAUCUAAUAUUGUAUUAACGCUUGGUCAUUUAAUUAUUGAAAUGGGUGAUUAUGAUAGAGCCGAAAAAUAUUUUACUACAAUUUUAAAUUCAUCAAUUCCAAAUGAUGAAGAAAUUUCGUGUAUAUAUUAUCAUAUGGGUCGAAUUUAUCGAUUAAAAGGUGAAUAUGAACGUGCACUUGAAUUUCUUCAACAAGCUUUUGACACACAUUCAAAAGCUCGACCAUCUCGUUGGGCAAGUGCAGCUAAAGCGAUGAAUGCCAUGGGUAUUGUUUAUAUGGAACAGAAUAAUGUUCAACAAGCAAUUGAUUCUUUUGAAUGUACGUUAAAAUUAUAUACAAAAACUAUUCAUGAAUGUCAUCCAGAUAUUGCUGGAACACUUAUUAAUCUUGCUAAUAUUUAUUGUGGACUAGAAGAAUAUAAGAAAGCUCUUUCUUGUUUUCAACGAGCACAAUAUAUUUAUGAAAGUAGUUUACCACCAAAUCAUCCAAAUCGAGCAAUUUUACUUAAUAAUCUUGGUAAUUUUUAUCUUCGUCAAAAUCAGUUGGAUUUAGCUUUGAACGCUUAUGAACAAGCUUUGAAUAUCAAUGAGAAAACUUUGCCUGUUAAUCAUCCUGAAAUUGUACGAAAUAGAAAUAAUCUAUCUAGGGUACAAAUAAUGAUUUGUGAACAAAAUAAACCUGAUGUUCAGCUCGAAAAAGCUCCUGACUAUAGCCAAGUCGUCAUAUGUUCAAGUGUGGAACCGAAUAUAACUAACUUAUUUUCAUCGGACACUUCGGAAAAACAUCAAAAUUCAGACUCGAAAGUAGAAAUGAUUGAAAUGAAGAAUUAUUGA